GUGGAGACCCCAGCCCACUUCUCCUGGAAAGAAAGUUACUAUCACUCUACCAUGUCCCAGAGUUCGCAGACAAGCGAAUUCCUCAGUCCAGAGGUUUUCCAACACAUCUGGGAUUUCCUAGAACAGCCUAUAUGCUCAGUUCAACCCAUUGACUUGAACUUCCUGGAUGAACCUUCGGAAAAUGGCACCACAAACAAGAUUGAGAUUAGCAUGGAUUGCAUCCGGAUGCAGGAUGCGGACGUGAGCGACCCAAUGUGGUACCAAAGAACUUUCUUGAACCAUUUGACGUUGGAGACUGGAACUCAGGCCCCAAUCUCAAGGGAGGGUGAGCCGCAGUAUACAAACCUGGGGCUCCUCAACAGUAUGGACCAGCAGAUUCAAAAUGGCUCCUCGUCCACCAGCCCUUACAACACUGAUCAUGCUCAGAACAGUGUCACGGCACCAUCGCCCUAUGCACAGCCAAGUUCUACGUUUGAUGCCCUCUCGCCCUCUCCUGCCAUCCCUUCCAACACAGACUACCCAGGACCUCACAGCUUUGAUGUAUCAUUUCAGCAGUCUAGCACUGCCAAGUCAGCAACAUGGACGUAUUCUACCGAACUGAAGAAACUCUACUGCCAGAUUGCGAAGACCUGUCCUAUCCAGAUCAAAGUGAUGACCCCACCCCCACAGGGCGCGGUCAUCCGGGCCAUGCCAGUCUACAAGAAAGCAGAGCAUGUCACCGAGGUGGUGAAACGCUGUCCCAACCAUGAACUGAGCCGGGAGUUCAACGAGGGGCAGAUUGCCCCUCCCAGUCAUUUGAUCAGAGUGGAAGGAAACAGCCACGCCCAAUAUGUAGAAGACCCCAUCACAGGAAGGCAGAGUGUACUGGUACCUUAUGAACCACCCCAGGUUGGCACUGAAUUCACAACAGUCUUGUAUAAUUUCAUGUGCAAUAGCAGUUGUGUUGGAGGGAUGAACCGCCGUCCAAUUUUGAUCAUUGUAACACUGGAAACCAGAGACGGGCAAGUCCUGGGCCGUCGGUGUUUUGAGGCCCGUAUCUGUGCUUGCCCAGGCAGAGACAGGAAAGCCGAUGAGGAUAGCAUCCGAAAGCAGCAAGUUUCGGACAGCACAAAGAACGGUGACGGUACGAAGCGCCCUUUUCGCCAGAGCACACAUGGCAUUCAGAUGACAUCAAUCAAGAAACGGCGAUCCCCAGAUGACGAGUUGCUAUACUUACCGGUACGGGGGCGAGAGACUUAUGAGAUGUUGCUCAAGAUCAAAGAGUCCCUGGAACUCAUGCAGUAUCUUCCACAGCAUACAAUUGAGACUUACAGGCAACAGCAACAACAACAGCACCAGCACUUGCUCCAGAAACAGUCUUCCAUGCAGUCCCAGUCCUAUGGGGGCAACUCUCCACCUCUGAACAAAAUGAACAGCAUGAAUAAGCUGCCCUCUGUCAGCCAGCUCAUCAACCCUCAGCAGCGAAAUGCCCUCACUCCGACAGCCAUUUCUGAUGGCAUGGGAGCAAACAUUCCAAUGAUGGGCACACACAUGCCAAUGGCCGGAGAUAUGAAUGGACUUAGCCCAACUCAGGCUCUUCCUCCUCCACUCUCCAUGCCAUCCACGUCUCAUUGUACUCCUCCACCGCCAUACCCUACCGACUGUAGCAUUGUCAGUUUUUUAGCGAGGUUGGGCUGCUCAUCAUGUCUGGACUAUUUCACGACCCAGGGGCUGACCACCAUCUAUCAGAUUGAGCAUUACUCCAUGGAUGAUCUAGCAAGCCUGAAGAUUCCCGAGCAGUUCCGCCAUGCCAUCUGGAAAGGGAUUCUCGACCACCGGCAACUCCAUGACUUCUCUUCCCCACCCCACCUCCUGCGAACCCCAAGUGGAGCCUCUACAGUCAGCGUGGGUUCCAGCGAGACACGGGGAGAGCGGGUCAUAGAUGCUGUCCGCUUCACCCUCCGCCAGACCAUCUCAUUCCCACCCCGUGAUGAGUGGAAUGAUUUCAAUUUUGACAUGGAUGCCCGGCGCAAUAAGCAGCAGCGCAUUAAGGAAGAGGGGGAGUGAGUUUCACUGCCCACUCCCCUGUUUCCUCCUGCCUAUCCCUCUGCAGUGCACUAUUUGAUACACCAGACCGUUUCUAUGAGCUCCUGCCCUCCUCCCUUUCUCAAUCAGUACCAUUAAGAGAGGAGUGUUGGGAGGGCCAUCUUUUCCUAUCUAUAAUGCAAUUUGUAAUCUCUGCCCUGCUUCGGGCUGUUUCCGGGUUCAAACUUCCUGUUUUACUCCUUGCCCAUGACAGAUGUUGGCAAGGCUGGGAGGGAGGGGAUAAAGGGAUGAAGAAUACUGUCACUCUUCAGUAGAUUCCCCACUGACUCUCUUCAGAAACCAUAUUUGCUUUAGGAGCUUUGAAUAGUUGGUAUUGAGUCUUUGAUCCAAGACUAUACACAUACAUAUAUGCUUAUUUUUUAAUUUUUUUGUGGGGUGGAGGGGGCAGGGAAGAGAAAUGGAGGAAGCAGAGGCAGCAGAGGAAGCUUCAGGUGUAUUUUUUUUAAUAUAAUUUAAAGGUAAAGAAAAUGAGUUGCACUUAUUGACAUUUUGCUUUUUUUUUUUACUUUAUUGGCUCCCUAGUCCCCUUCCUCCAGCAAAAUGGGGCCAUCUGUAGUUGAUUAAACUGAAUUGAUGCAGGUGGACAACUGUGAUAUAUGUAACCUUUUUUUUUAUUUUUCUUUAAUGAUAAGAUUAUGCUACUUCAAAGUUUUAGCCAGCUCUAAUUUGUUUGAAUACCUAGCCUUUGUACUGGUUUGCAAGAACCAAAAGGCCACAUUGCAAACUUACAAGAGUGUCAUGUUUUCUUUUUUUAUUGAGAAAGCAUGUGGCAAUAUUGCAUAGGUUUAACAAUAAAGUAGGCCACUUAGUUGUCUGGUAGUUAAAGCACAUUCAUGUGUUAUUCCAUUCAGACUUAAGUCAUUUGAUCCACCACUUGAUGUCAGUGACUUACUCAUUACAGUCUUUAUGAUGAAGAAUUGGUGGAUGCCUUUUGAAAGCAGUGCAGAAGAUAACCCAAAAGUGAGUCAAACAGCAAUAUCUUUAACCACUAAGGGACACAAUCAGAUGGUUUUCAGCAAUAAUAGAGACAAAUAUUUGCCCAGAUUGUUUGGAAUAAACAUUUAAAUGUGUAAAUUCACUCAGGUCCUUUUUGUGCUAAGAAAAAUGCAUUCGAUGGCCUGGUUGAUUUGCCAUUCAGUUAUAUUUAGCUUCUCUUAUUGUUGGUGGUAUUUUUGUAUUUUUUCACUUGGCCUCUGACAGCAAUAUUUUUGUUUUUCCUCUUUGGAAAGCGAUGGCAAAAAUGACCAGCCCUCUCCUGCAGAAGUCGGGCACUGCAAAUGCACUCAUGUGCCUUAGUCGGGGAUCAAAAUCCCACCUAGUCAUCAUUCCUGGAGUUCGUUCUUUUUCAGAGUCUGUGGUCUCAAGAACCAUUUAGGAAUGGAGGUGUCAAGGCUCUUGCUGCCAAAUGCAUUGAAGUUUCGAAAGAGCACGCUUUAGAGACAGGAAAAAUAUCUUUAUAUAUUUAUCUCGGGCUCUGAUUUGCUUUCUGUUGUGCACUAUGCUGGGCUUACAGUAUGAAGCUGCCAUUUGAAAAGCACGUGCAAAUGGUCUGCCAUGGUUCUGAAAUGCUAUGGAAGAGGUCUGUUGUGUAUAAAGUGUAUAGACAUUUUUUAUGUGCAGAAUUGUGUUCCUUGUGUUUUGAUCAUUUUUUCCUCUUGGGAUAGUGGGUCUUCCAGAACCACAGUUCAAAUCAUUUUUAAAACAUUUUGUUUAAUGAUUACUCUUUGUAUGGGAAAAAAUUACUUAGCGCUGAAAAACAAUGAGUUAUACAGAUUUCUUAUUAAUGUUGCUGUGUCGCCUAAUGCAGUCGGUGAGCCAGGGGAACAGACUACCAUUUUUGUUGUUGUUGUUUGUUUGUUUGUCUUUACACUUCAAAGAGGAGAGUGAGUCCUAGAUUUCAAAAUUUCAAUUGUUCCACUCAUAAGCAAUGUUCAUUUUUGUUGUACGCAGGCAGCGUGAAACAUGGUGAGAAAAGAAUGAAAGUGUUUGAUUGGAGAAGUUGGGGAAGUUAGCUGGAACCCUCAGUUGAUCUAAGUUAUUUGCAUCCAUGAUAUACUUUUUUUUUCUAAGCUGCAGCCACUCUCCCCCAACUGAACUUGGUCAACUGGGCAAGUGGGGGUUGAAAAGUCUUCAACUCAUAUAGUCUAGCCAGAUUCUCUGUCUCUAUAAGCCUAGGUUGGCUGGAUCCUAAACUGGGAUCAGUCAAUUGGCUUGUCACCAUGGUGGUGGGACUUCAUUUCUCAUUCCAAGUCUGUUAUAUGCUGUGAAAAACCUUCUUAUGUAUUUUGGGGGAAGCAUGUAUGUUGCUCAUAUGAUAGUCCAACCCUUGCUUGGAUACUGAAAGGUCAAAACCUUCGUAUGCCAACUCAUAUGGCUACAGGGUUUGUGUUUCAUCUUUGUAAUCCAAAGGUAAGAAUAGGCAUUGAAUCAAGGACUAGUCCACCAAUUUCUAUAGCAGUGCUCAUUCUACCUGCAAUAACAUUUAGGCAUUUUUGUUUUCCUGUUGUUCUUUCAUAACACCCUAUGUUUCAGUAGAGCCUAGUAUCCACUGGAAUACAGAAUGAUUCUAAGAUUAAUCCAAAUUCCCCCAAAGCUUGGUGGUUUCUAGUCUAUUUUCCUCUUCAACUUCACGUUACAAAAGCAUCCUUCUAGAUGUUCAAAAAGAAAAGCUGGUGAUUCAGCAUACAUAAUUGGUUUGAAAGGAAAAUUAAUUGAAAGGGAAUCCUGAAAAGAAUGAAAAAAUCCCAAAGCUUUUCUCCUUGUUCUCAUUGCUACAAAAUCAGAGAGGCUUGAGGCAGCUGAUUUCGAGAAAAUAAGACUAUUUCUUCCUCAACUGAAUUUCCCACCUAAAUCCAUUUUGAGAUUUUAUUUUGAAGUUGGAUAAAGCUGAUUAAACUUUCAAGCCACUGAUAUUUUGUAUUUCUUUUGGCUUCACUCUGGUUCUACUUGAGAGUUGAAGCCAUGUUUGUUAGGUAUCAGGAACAUCUAGCAUUUUCAGCUACUUCAAGAAGCAAGAAAUCCAAGAACCCUUACUAUCUAUGAAUACGAGAACUGGGGAUGAUAGACUUCUAGCUGCCAAAAAAGGCAAUUCUGAGAUUGGUAAAGAAAGGGAGGAAGAGAAGAGGAGCAAGUCUGUUCUGAGUCCCUGGCCUUCUUCCAAAUCUGUCUUUGAUUCUUUGCAAAGGGAGGGCUCUUUUCUGUUAAUUAGGGACAUACCAUGCAGAUUGAUGAAACUUAAUGGAGAAUAUUUCCGGAGUCGGAGUUAGAGAGUCCUUCUUCUUCCCUCUUUCAACCCCACAAGGUUGGGAGGAGAGUGGGCAGCACCCUCCAACAGAGAGGAUUUCAGUGGGGUGCUUGUUGAUUAAGUUCAAUGCUCCCCGAAUCUGAAAUGGCUUUGGCCAUGGUUUGGGGAAGCUUCAAAGAUUUUCUUUGGAGGGAGUUGGCAUGUGUUGACCUAAACUUGUUAUAUUCACUUUUCUUUCAGUUUCUCUUUUUCACCUUCUGAAAUCCAGCUUAUGUCUGCGUGGGGCACCUAUUCUGUAAAUGAAUGCUAGAGAGAAUACUGUACUGUAUCAACAGGAAUGAUACUACUGAACUUUUUGUUUUUGCAUUUUUAUGAUAGCAUUGUUGUAAAAAAAUGUUUUUCAAGUGAAUGUCUAAAACUUUUUAUAUGCCUUUUUAAUAUGUUUUUUGAAAAAAAAUCUUUCUAUACAUAGAUAAAUGCCUCUUUUUUUUUUACUACAAAUGCUGGUCUUCUGGUACGUUAUUUACUCUCAGCAUGAGCAGAGGCUAGUCUGAGAAGCUAUCACUGCUCAUCAGGACAUGCAAUAAAAAAAAUGCAUUGAGAAUCAUUGA